CCGCGCAGACGUCGGCGGCCGCGCACGGCAGGGAGCUGCGCCCCCGCGCAGGAUGCGCGCUGCCCCCGGCCGGGCCGCGGAACAAAGAGGAGCUGCCGCCCGCCGCCGCCUCCCGGCCCCGGGCUGAGCCGCGGCGCUGCCCGCAGCCACCUGCUGCUGCCGCCGGCACCUCCCUGCGCAGAGCGGGGCGCGGAGCUGUCCGCGGCCCUGUCCCUGGUGCUGCCGCCCAGCCCUGCCCUGCCCUGCCCGCGCCUCGGAGCCCUGCCCGCCGCCCACCCGCCGCUCCCGGAGCCCUGCCGGCGGCGCGGCCCCGGGCACCCUGUUGCGCUGGGUGCGGAGCCGGCAGCGGGAGGAGAACGGCGCCUGCCGAGGGAGCCCCUGCCCAGCCUGAGAUCCGCGCCCGGAACAAUGGCUGCGCUGCCGAGGCUGCUCGCUGCCUCUUCGGCCGCCUUGGUGCUCUGGGCUGGGUUUUGUUCUGCGGUGUGCGUGGAGGUCCCGUCAGAGACAGAGGCUGUCCAAGGAAAGGACAUGAAGCUACUCUGCAUCUCCUGCAUGAAGAGGGAAGAGGUCACAGCCACCACGAUGGUGGAGUGGUACUACAGGCCAGAGGGUGGACAAAAUGAGCUUAUCUACCAGCACAAGAACACAAACCAGGAGCUGCCAAGCCGCUUCAGUGGUCGGCUGCAGUGGAAUGGGAGCAAGGACAUGCAGGAUGUGUCCAUCACGGUGGUGAACGUCACCCUGAACGACUCCGGCGUCUACACCUGCAACAUCACCCGCGAGUUCGAGUUCGAGAUCCACAGACCCCUCUUCAAGAGCUCCAGGACCAUCCACCUCACCGUGGUGGAGGAGGCUGGAGAAGACUUCACCUCAGUCAUCUCUGAAAUUAUGAUGUAUAUCCUGCUGGUCUUCCUCACCCUCUGGCUGCUGAUUGAAAUGGUUUACUGCUACAGGAAAGUCUCCAAGGCAGAGGAGGCUGCCCAGGAGAAUGCGACAGACUACCUGGCAAUCCCAUCAGAAAACAAGGAAAACUGUGCUGUGCCUGUGGAGGAAUAGCAGAGAGGAGCCAGUGGCACCAAGGGGCUCUGAAGACAGAAGGAGCUCAUCACUGCCAGCCAGGUUCGAGGGGGAGCUCUGCAGCGCCGGGAGGAGCCGCGGGGAAGUGUAAAUCCUCUCCCGUUUGCCUUGGACUCUGUACAGCCUUGACCUUGGCCUCACGACUCCAUCCUGAGCUGCCAGCCCAAUUUGCUGAAGGACUCCUCUUUUGAAGCAUGUUGAGCAAAGGGCAAAGGGGGUGUGGGCAGCUCAGCUCCUUCCCAAGGGCUCAGGCCCAUCCUCACCUUUAAUCCCUCUGUAAAUGUUAAGUGUCACUUCUUA